AUGUCUUACAUCAAGGUACUGCAUUGCACUGCUUGCCUGAAACAUGGAACUUCAGGGCUUUCAACGAAAUCAGUACUUCUAAAAAUUGGGAAUAGUACAUUUGCCCAACAUAUUGCAAAAAUAACAACUUCACAAUGUUGGAACAACAAAACUCUUACAACACACCUACAAGUAACACCCAUUGUGAAAAAAGCCAAAAAUGUCAAGCAAGACACAAGGAUAUGGAAAGAAACACCAUCAUUAGACAGGAAAAACAAUAUAGGACAAUACUGUAUGAUGUUAUCUAAGUUUAGACUGACCUCUCUAGUAGUAAUGACAUCAAUGGCAGGCUAUGCUUUGGCACCAGCUCCAUUUGAAUUAUCUACAUUCAUGCUCUGCGCAGCUGGCACAGGCCUUGUAUCCGCUGCUGCCAACUCCAUCAAUCAGUAUCAUGAGGUUCCAUUUGACGCCCAAAUGUCCAGAACUAAGAAUCGCGUGCUUGUCAAAGGCUUGCUUGAACCUGUCCAUGCUAUAGGCUUUGCAGCUGCAACUAGUGCCACCGGUCUGGGCCUGCUCUACUUCGGUGUGAACCCACUUACUGCUGCUUUAGGUGCUGGUAACCUCAUCCUUUAUACUUCAGUCUACACUCCAAUGAAGAGAAUGUCCAUACUUAACACAUGGCUGGGCUCUGUUGUGGGUGCAAUACCACCCCUGAUGGGAUGGGCGGGCUGCGCGGGCACCCUGGACGCCGGUGCCCUGGUCCUGGGCUUAGUGCUCUACUCGUGGCAGUUCCCGCACUUCAACGCGCUCUCGUGGAAUCUAAGGCCGGACUAUUCGCGCGCCGGGUAUCGGAUGAUGGCAGUUACAGACCCUGCUUUAUGCAGAAGAGUUGCUCUACGGCACACUGGUAUAGUCACUGGUGUAUGUCUUGCAUCAUCAUACCUUGAAGUCACUAAUAUGUGGUUUGCUCUAGAAUCGCUACCAUUGAAUAUAUAUUUUAUGUACUUAGCUUGGCAAUUUUACCAAAAAUCAGACAGCGCCAGUUCUAGAAAAUUAUUUAGGUUCUCUCUGGUACACUUGCCAGCAUUGAUGUUACUUAUGCUAGUUAAUAAGAAGUAUUGGAGUUCGAGCGACACUCAAGAACAGAAAGAUUUAUCGAAGGCACAGGACAUUAGCAAAUUGCCCGAUUCCAAGAGAAUAACAGUUUUGCCAAGGGGACCCGUCGUCGCUGCGCAAGAGUCUGAAAUAGAACUACCUGCAAAUUGA